GUUCAUCGUACGAGCGAAGUUGGUCGGAUGUUUGGCGCGGCGGGUUGAUCGAGCGGUUGAUUUUGUGUUUGUGUGUGUGUGUUGUGUCCCUCAGUAAAUAGGAGUUUGUGUGAAAUUUUGUUGGCUUUUCUUUGCCCACAAAACUUCUACAAAGCGAUCGGUUGCUGUAUUCGUUGUUUUUGUAUUUCUCAAUGGAAAUAAAAUAGACAAAAGUCGCUACAAAUGAACUAAAAUGAACUGGAAAUGUGUAAUGAACCAUACCAUCGAAAUAUUUUAUAAAAAGAACAACAACGAUCUUAGAAAGAAAAGUGUUUCGUCAAACUCGAAAAUUCGUCUUUUGUUAUAAAAAAAAGAGAGCAAUAUAAAAAAAAUCGAACCACCUUGGGGAAAUUGGUACAAGAAUUUCUCAGAACUACAACGACACUCUGUCCAUAAUUACAACCAACAAUACUAAAAAUUUGGCAAAAUGAUUAAAUUGAAAUCACUGUUUCGCAGAGGGCAAACCCCCUCACAGUCCUCGUCUAAACAUUCCAGCAGCAGCAACAGUAGUAACAACAAUCGCAACAAAUCCCAAUCAACCCAGUCUCUGAACACUGCCAUCGAGAACGAGGAUAAAAAGCAACAGGCUGGAGCAGGAGCAACAUCAACGAAAUUUUAUCCUGAUGCCCAGAAUCCCCCCAUUGUGCAAAUAGAAGGUUCAUCGAGUGAACGCGGUGUUGAUGUGGGCGAUGAUCGUUUGAAUAAUAGCUAUCAUAGUUUGGAAGCGAAUCAAUUGGCACAAGCCAACGCUGGCGCUAUUGCAGCUGGACAACACGCUCACACUUUACCCCACAAAAAGAGUAAGGGAGGUACAUCGAAAAAGGGCCAAAAACAACCAAAGCCUUUGCCAGUUGCCCCCAAAGGCACUGCACCAACGGUUGUUGCUCCUCCACCGGGUGUAGGCGGCGAUGUAGUAAUGUCUUCAAUGGCUGCUGUGGCACCAGGUUCCCAAAGCUCUUCCGUUCAGCCGGGCUCUGCGACCUCGUUAUCAACAUCACACUCUAACCCUGCCAUAUCAGCGACGACAGCUAAUGCUGCUGGUACUUCCGCCAAUGAUUUGUAUGCCUUAAAUCCUGCAUUUAUGGCUGCCGCAGCAGCAGCCAGCUAUCAGUUUAUCAACAACGAACAACAACAAAUUCUAGAGGCUUCAAAUAUUAAAAUGCAAGAGUUGCAAUCCCAACUGGAUCGUUUGGCUCGUGAUAAAAUGCUGGCAGAAUCACGAGUCACAGAAUUGUUGCCGUAUCAAAACGAAGUAACCAAACUAAAAAGUGAUUUAGUGAAAAUGCAGAGUGCCCAAGAGAAGCAUCAGUUGGAAAUCACCAAUUUGAAAUAUGAAAAUGAGUCGUUGAGAACCCGUUUGAGAGACGUUGUCAACUCACCGCUAUCCGAUGCGGAAAAGCACCAAAUCAUACAAGAUUCCCAGCGUCUACAUAGUUCUGCGCCAGCCUCCAUUGCACUACCGACAUCCUCAGACAAUGAUAAUGGUGGCACACCUUGCCUUACGCCCGACUGGGAUAAGCAUUCCUCUUCUAGUGAAAUAUCUGUAGCUUGUCUGCAAGAUAAGAUCAUACAAAUGGAAGAGACCCAUUACUCGACCAAUGAAGAAUUGCAAGCCACUCUCCAGGAACUAUCCGAUUUGCAGGCUCAAUUGAGUGAUGCCCAAACCGAGAAUGAACGUUUAGCCGAAGAAAAGGACGUUCUCUUUCAGUCGUUGUGUCGGCAAACUGAAAAACUCAACGAUUCUCGCACCCAAAUCAAUAAUCUACAAGAACUUUUGCUAAGAGAUGCUAAACAAAACACCGCCGAAGAGGCUGUUUCCUCGGAAAGGGAAAAGAAAUUAAUGGAUCUAAUCAAAACUGCCCAAGAUGAACGUGAAGCGGCCUUAGUCAAGCAGGAGGAACUCAAUGCUGAACUGCAAGAUUUAAGGCAAACCAAUGAAAGCUAUACGGCAGAGCAAACCCGCCUUAGGGAACGCAUUGCUCUGCUAGAGUCCUCCAUAGAUGCGGAACAUUCUCAGCGCAAACAAAUGGAACUACAACUGCAAGCAGCCAAAGAGGAAAUAUCACAUGGUAUAAUCGAAAUAAAUCGAUUGACCACCCUACUAGAGAAUGCCAAAUCAAAAAUUGAAGAACUCGAACAGGAUCUGGCUCGAGGCGAUAAAACCGAUCUUAGUGAUCUUUUAGAUGCGGCGCGCAAAGAAAAAGACUUAUUGGAAGAAAAAGUAGCCGAAAUACAAGAUCAGUGGUCUCGCAGUCAGGCCGAGGUUAGGCGACUCAAGGAUCAAAUUGCCGAUUUAACUGAGGAACUCAAAGUUUCCAAAAACAAUUCGAAAUGUGCCCUCUCCCAUCUCGAAUACCGGCUGGACCAAGUUCAACAGGAGAAGGAUAAGCUUUCAGCCGAACACCAACAACUCUGCGAGAGUACAAGUGAAUUACAAGUGCAAUGCAAAUGUCAUUUGGAGGACAAAAAUCAACUCCAGUCACUGCUGAGUGAAACGCAAAAACAUUUGGCUGACGUCGAACGUAAAUUAAACGACACCCAACAGCAACUGGAAGAUUUGCAACAAUUACGAAAACAAGAAGCCGAAGAAUGGCAACAAUUCCAAUCGGAUCUACUGAUGACCGUGCGGGUAGCCAAUGAUUUUAAGACUGAAGCCCUUAGUGCUAGAGAACAAUUAGUAUUGGAUAAUAAGACGCAAAAGGAGAAAAUACGUAUGUUGGAACAACAAAUUGAGAAAUUAAACAAACAACAACAACAACAAACCGAGACACAGCAAUCAGUGUACAACACAGUAUCGACUGUACAACAAGAAAUGGCCUCGAGACGCAGCAAAGUAGGCAGCUUUUCAAGACAAGACUCACGUUUGUCUGUCAAAACUUUAAUUGAAAGCAUAGAAAAUAAUAAACAGACCGCUAAAGCAGAGGAGCCAGAGUCUCGCUACAGCUCUUCAUCAAGUUUAAAUAGUAGUAGUACUCCAGAAAUAACACCCAGUGCUAUACCGUUAGUCACUACCAAUACGAACAAUCCAGACUGGUCUGAAAAUGUUUCUAGACUUACACCCUUAAUAGGCAGCUUAAAUACUGCAACAACGGCAGCAGCACCCAAUAAUAUUACAACACCAAUGGUACCAGCAUUGACAACAGCAACAACCAAGGGCCCACUAAGAGAACAGCAACAACAACAAUCUGUAGUAUCCAAUUUACACAUAAGCAGUCUCAACAAUGUUUCCAAAUCUCUGUUAAGUGGUGAACGCAAAGAUCCUUUGAACAUGCUGGCUAAGAAUGGUGGUUCAAAGCGCAAUGCUUUGUUGAAAUGGUGUCAAAAUAAAACUGUCGGUUAUCGCAAUAUAGAAAUCACAAAUUUCAGUUCAUCCUGGAAUGAUGGCUUGGCAUUUUGUGCAAUUUUACAUUCCUAUUUACCGGAUCGCAUUCCUUAUGAUACUUUAAGUCCAGCCAACAAAAGACGUAAUUUCUCAUUGGCCUUUGCGGCAGCUGAAAGCGUUGGUAUACCCACAACACUGAACAUCAAUGAUAUGUGUCAAAUCGAACGUCCCGAUUGGACUCAAAUAAUGUCUUAUGUUACAGCUAUUUAUAAAUAUUUUGAAACUUAAGUGCAUCGCUUUGCAUUGCAUUGUAUUGCAUAUUUAUGAUUUACAAUUUUAUUUAAUUUUUUAACGGCAUACUAUAAUUUUUAACAACUGUUGGCUCAUAUUUUUAUUGUUAACGAAAUACAAAUGUUAUUUUUUAUUAUAUAUACAUAAAUACAUAGGCGCGAGCUCCUUUCCUUUUCCUCAUACACCUCGAAACGUUCGCGUUGAAUCUUUUAAUAAUUUUUGAUUUUAUCCAUACUUUACUCGUACCAACAACCACCCCUCUGAAUGAAGCCAAAUUUUUUUAUUUUUUUUUUUCAUUUCAUUAUUAUUUUUUUUAUUAUUUAUUUAAUUGUGCAUUCUUCUUUUAAUUACAAAAUACAAUAAUUAUAAUAAAUUUUCAAUUAAGAAUAUGUAAAUAUUUUGCAAAAGAUCCAUUAUAAGCUACUAAAAUAAACUAU